CGCGCCGCCGGGCCGGGGCGGGCCUGCGCGGCAGUGGCCGGCCGGGCACAGCGCCGGCGCCUCGGCGGCGCCUGUUCUCCGACGCCGCCGCGCCGCCGCAGGAGCCUGGUCUCGCCGAGGCGAUGAGCGCAGCGGAGGCGCCGAACGGUGCGCAGCUGCGGAUGCUGUUCCUGGCCUCGGCCCUGCCCUUCGUGGGCUUCGGCUUCCUGGACAACUUCCUGAUGAUCCUCUGUGGCGAGGCGAUCGACGUCAACCUCUGUGUGAUCUUCAACUUCAGCACCAUGGCGGCCGCUGCCAUCGGGAACACGAUCAGCGACGUGGCCGGGAUCUUUUCUGGCGGCGCGGUGGAGAACCUGGCGCGGCACUUCGGCGUGGAGGAACCGCCAAUGAGUAGCGAGCAGCGGCUCAUGCGGGUCACGAAGGUGUGGCAGUACACGGGCCAGGUCCUGGGGAUCGUCACCGGCUGCAUCCUCGGCUGCUGCCCGUUGCUGUGGCUCGACCCGCACGAGGCCGAAAGGCUGAGGAAGGAGAAGGAGAAGAGCGAGAUACUGCAGGCCGUCAUCAACAAGGUCCUGGACAUUGCGCAGGCCGAGGUCGUCGGGAUGAUGUUCCUGGACAAGGAGCAGGGCGACUUGAAGGUGACCCAUGGCUCCGCGAACAUGCCCAAGAACAGGCGGUGGAAGCUGGACGCCGGCUUCAUAGGCCACGUGGCCACGACCGGCCAGUUCGUGAACAUCGCGGACUUGCAGGAGGAGCUGCUCUACGACCCGGAGGAGCACGAGGAUUUCCUGGGCACAGGGGUCAAGGUCCAGAGUGUCCUCUGCAUGCCCAUCUUCCAGGAGGGCAAAGUUCAUGGGGUCCUCGUCGCCAUCAACAAGCUGGGCGCCGCCGCGUUCAGCACCAAGGACGAGGACUUCCUGUCGGCGAUAUGCUCUCAUGUGUCCGUGGCGGUGGGCGACACCAGGCUAGAGUUCGAGACGGUCAUCGAAAACUGCGAGCGCGCGAUGAACACCUCAGGCGCUCCAGAGUGGAGCACCUCCGGGUCGACGCAGCGCAUGGCCAAGCUGUACCUCCCAGCCAUGGAGGGCAUCCGCAACGUGCUCAACGCGGAGGCCACGGCCCUGAUGCUCCUCAACGCGAGGGAGGAGCUGCUCUACACGGAGGUGAUCGACGGGCCCCUGCCGAGUCACACCACCCGGGUCGGCGAGGGCAUCGCGGGCAAGGCCGUCGAGCUGGGGAAGACCCUCAACGUCGACGCCCGGGACAUGCAGAGCUGGUUCGACGAGGGCCGCCACACGCACUACCAGGGCACCGACCUCCAGGUCAGGUCCGAGCUGGUGGUGCCCCUGAUGGACACCUCGCGAAAAUGCCUUGGCGCCAUCAAGUGCAUCAACAAGGAGGGCAGCUCCUACUUCAGCAAGAAGGACGUCGAGUUCGUCACAAUGGCAGCCGAGCACAUCGGCAUGAUGCUGGAGGGCCCAGACGCGGGACUCAGAAGGGUCCUGGCCCUGUCCCGCAUGCGGAUGCAGCAGCACGACGUCUUCAUCGACGGGAGCGAAAACCGAUGCGGGGUGAUCUGCACCAUCGAGCGGGCUCAUGGCCUCCCCGUCCGCGCGGCGGGGCCGAAGUCGAAGAGCAAGGGCAUCGAUCCGUACGUGACACUAACCCUCCGCCGUGGGAACCCGCUAGAGGGACAGAAGGAGGGCCUUCACAAGAGGCUGUGGAGGGCCAGGAACUCGGACCGCAAGGCGCGCAUCCGAAAGUUCGCGAAGUCCAAUACGAUCUUGCAGGACACGAGCCCGCAGUGGAACCAGACAAUCGCUGUGGCAAUGCCGCCGAAGCUGGACAACGUGCCCGUGGAGGAGCUGUACCUGCACGUCCUCCUCUGGGACUACGACACCCUGAAAGAGGACGAGCUGGUGGCGCAGGCCAUCUUCCGCCUCCAGGAUGUCCAGCAAGGCCAGGUCCAGCCGUAUCCCUUGCUGCCGAUCCCCGGGCAGGAGGACGACUACGACCUUGAGAAUGCCAGAAUCUGGGUCGGCUUCAAUCUUGGCGACGCCGUGACGAAGUCGCCAGACGCGGGGCCCUGACUUUGGCCCAGAUGACUGCUGCUGCUGCCGCACGCGCACCGGUUUUAAAGGAGCGUAUCAUGAAUGAUGGGCGCCACCCACGACAGAAUGGUCG